CUGGUAUCGAAAGUGUGGAGAUGGAUGGAACCGGUCGGCGCAGAAACUUUCAUUAGCAAAAACAGUUGCCCAAGUCGUCCGAGCUCGCAGACCUAAAGGGAGCACUAAUCGGCUCGCAGCAAAUUUAGCCGUUGCGAAACGCGCUUCUUACCAGAACGAGCUGAAAAUAUCGAAGGCGGAGAGGUGGUGUUGUCAAACGCCAAAUCAAGUGGGUCGCAGUGAAUGUUGGUGUUGCUGAAUCUAGGCAUCGUCUAGAGCGGCAACAGAAACAACGCACGACGAGGCCCGGUUACGCAUGUUCGAGGCCACGAAGGAAAACGAAAAGUGGCAAGUGGGAGAGGGCGCGUCGAGGCGGUUUGGCGAGAAGUGAACUAACAUCAUCCGAUAUGCGCACUGCUGGGUGACGAUACGAUGACGGUGGAGUACGUAACAAGAAACCAGCAGCAUUUAGGAGCAGUGGAUACACGACGGUACGAAAUCUGCAAACGCGUUGUGCAUUCCUCUACCGUACGCUGGCUUGACGAGCGCAAAUUGGACCGAGAUUCAACGAGGCUGAUUGGAACUUUGUGGAAGAAGCAAUUUAGCGUCGAGCUCUAAAGUGUGUAUUUCGUGCCGAUUACAUGCAAAAAGAAAGAUUCACAAUCAGUCAAGGAAUGCAUGAGUGAAUGAAGAUAAAAAACGAUCGAUAAACGUUCGAGUUAUCCAUGCAACUGCAUUUGAGGCACGCUGUUUAAAGCCGGAAUACUACCCCCUUUAGCAAUGGCCAAGGACAAUCGUUCGACACUCUGUCGUGAUAAGGCAGAGGCAUGGACAAUCAACCUUUCGCCGGGGACACUUUCGGAGUAUCGCAACAUACUGGGUCCCAAAUAUCGCGAACAUCGCGAUAUGACCAAGCGAUACGCACCGACCGUUCCAUUCCCGAAGGAUAGUCCCAUUUCGCCGGAGAAGCUGAAAAAGCUUGUGCUUGCAAGUGGCCGCAUUCAAAUGCUGAUCGAUGAGCAAUCAUCGAAGGAUCCUGCGAAAAAGAUACAACUUGCGAAAACCAUCGCUGAGCUUCUGGAUGAGAUUGGACUGGAUGAAAGUCUCCCCGUCAUUCGGACGCUCGGCACUAUACUGAAUGCCAUAUUUGCCCGUAUCUAUACCGGGUUGUACGUGAACGAGGUCAAGUUGGAACAGCUACGGUCACGCUAUGGACGACAGACGGUUCUCUACCUGCCAAGUCAUCGGAGCUACGGCGAUUUUAUCCUCAUGUCGUACGUCCUGUUUUGCUACAACAUCGCAAUUCCGGGCAUCGCGGCCGGUAUGGAUUUCUACUCGAUGGCCGGAAUGGGCAGUGCGUUGCGGAACACCGGGGCGUUCUACAUGCGUCGCACAUACGGGAACGACCGGCAGUAUUGGUACAUCUUUCGCGAGUACAUGCGUCAGCUGAUCGUGGCGUACGAUCGAGGGUUGGAGUUCUUUCUCGAGGGAACGAGAAGCCGCAGCAACAAAGCCCUCACGCCCAAGAUUGGCUUGCUCUCGAUGGCACUGGAACCACUGUUUAUGGGUGAAGUGCCCGAUCUGCUAAUCGUCCCCGUUAGCGUCUCUUACGACCGGCCGGUGGAGGAGCAGCUGUUCGUGUACGAGUUGCUCGGUGUGCCAAAGCCAAAGGAAACGACCCGCGGCAUGCUGAAAGCUCUCAGUAUAGUGAGGGAAAACUUUGGCUCAAUCUAUCUCGAGUUUGGUGAUCCAAUUUCUGCGAAGCACUAUUUUGGGGACGGGUUGAACCGUGCCCAACAUACAGUGGCUCCUUCGUUUACUCAAGUGCUCGCCAAGGAAGAGCGGGAAGCAAUACAAGACCUAGCGAACGAUGUCGUCCACCUGCAGCAGCAUCGUAUGGUGCUGACCGCGUUCCAUCUGAUCGCGCAUUAUUACAACUACCGAAAGUACCACGGGCAAGCGGUUGCAAUGGACCAGCUAGUGCAAGGUGUUACCUUGUUGGGGCGCAUACUGAAAAAUCUGGGUGCUAUUACCGAGCUCGAGGGUGCCGAGAAUGUAGAACACCUGAUCCUUGAGGCACUUGCCGUGCAUCGGAAUAUACUUCAGCUGACCGCCGAAAGAGUUCUCGUCAUUGCGAAAACGUACCACGAUUUCAGCAGAGUUGACAAGCGAAAACUCAAAGGACACAAUCUGUCCGAGGGAGUCAUGAAACUCGCUGUACCCAUCUUCUCUCUUCAGCUGUACUGCAACCCUUGUCUGCAUUGGUUGGCCGUUCCGGCUAUGGUGCUAUUGGCCGCGAAACGCUUUUCUCUAGCAUCCAACGCAGCCCUCGAUCGAAACUCCCUUUUUGCGGCUGUCGGAGAGCUGAGGGAACUGUUCUCCCUCGAGUUUGUGCUAUAUGCUCGGCGCGCACAGGUCGAUUUUGAUACUUCGCUGGAGCAUUUACUUCGACAAGGGCUACUAGAAACUGUCGCUGGUAGCGAUGCGUUACGAAUCGGUCAACCAACAUCCGACGACCAGCUGGCCAAUGUCUACCUGAGUGCAAUGGGGCCAUUCCUGUGUACCUACCUACAAGUAACGAACGUGUUGCUUCAACAUUUUCGCAGCCGUCAGCAGUUUACCGAAAAAGAAUACCUGGCAAAAGUGCAGGAGUGCGUGGAACAGCUGUUACUCCGCCAGGAACGAAACGUUCAUCCGUACUGCCUCUCGCUGGACAGCAUCAGUCUUGCUCUGCACUCUCUAGUCAUGUUGGAUGCGAUAAGAAAAAGAAAAAUAGAUAACGUGUAUCGCUAUGACCUUACGACAACGGGAAAGAUUGAGUCCAUUAACGAGCGAUUAGAAAACUACAGUUCCAUACUAACCUUCGAAUAUCUCACAUUCCAGAACGCAGUUACAGGAUGCAAAUUGUAAAAUACCUCCAAUUUGAACUCUUCUUGAUGCUCAAAAUAUGAUCGUAUUCUGUUGCUAUGUUCCAUGCCUAGGAAACAUGUUUUUCUUUCGAAUAUCAAGGUGUAAAACUUUUAAUAUAACGCUUUCACCAAUGGAUAGGUGUCUUUAGGAAUUGGUUGUGUACAUUUUAAUAAAUUGGUCCUGGGAAACAUCAACAGUACAACCAGAGGAAUUGGGUUAGAUUCAUGAUGGCUGAAAAAAAUAAAUUACUUCA